AUGCCCGACCUGACUCGAGCCCCCCGAAGCCGCGCACGAAGUCGCUCCAGCCUUCAGCCACCUCCUGCGUGUAGCCGGUCCGUGCGUGCCUCGGCGGGCGCCGGGGCUGGCGCCGAGCUGCGCGUGAGGUGCCUGGACUGGCUGGAGGCGGCUGGCCGCCAGGGGGCGGCGGGCGUGGACUUCGGCUCGCCCGAGAACGUCGGCGCGGGGCACCAUUGGGAGCGCCUCGGCGACGACGAGCGCCACUCGUUCGACCUCGUGAUGGCCAGCGACGUCCUCUACGAAGCUCGGGAUCCCGCGAAGGGGGGGUGCGCCCUGGUGUGUGUGUGUGUGUGUGUGGGUGAGUUCGAUCGGCUUUUGCACUGA